AUGAGUCGGGCGUUGUCGGGUUCUCGGUACAUAACGCCGACCAUUCUGCAGGUGGUGACGGGCGAGAUGGAGGCUCUGCAGGCCUCCGUGUCGCAAGACCCCGAGACAAUCUGUCAACAGGAUCAAUUCGGGUGGUCGCCGGUAGAGCACGCAGUAGCCUGCGGCAACCUGGCGGCACUGGAAAUGUUCUUGCGAGUGUGGAAUCGGCAGUUAGGAGGCGAAGCCGGUGUGGCCAGGGAUGAGAGGAAUAUCAGGUACCAAAACUUGGCUAUAGAGUACAAUCGACCGGACGUGCUCCGGUGGUUGGGACGCAACGGCUUUCUGGAUUCCCCGUGUGCGGUGAACCGUGCAGUUGCCCACGGGUCCGUGGCUUGUCUCAGACUCCUGUUGGCCGAGGGCCACGAAGCCUCGGAGGAAGACGCCUGGGGCGAAGUGCCCCUCUUCCUCGCCGUCAAAAAGCGCAGAGUCGACAUGGUCAAGUGCCUACUCGACCACCAGCCGGAGCUAGCCCGACAUAGAGACGUCAUGGGCAGAACCGCCGCCCACCAGUGCGACAGCGUCGCCUUGCUUGAAGUUCUGGAUCGCUACGGCACCGAUCUUUGGCAAACCGAUAAUCUCGGCCAAACGCCGUUCGACCUGGCGCUCCGUAGACGCAACGCUUCGCUCUUGGAGUACCUCCUGAUAUCAAGUAAGAAGAAUCCACCCUUCAACGAACUCGAACAAUGCUACCAGUCAUCUUGGAGCGUUGCUUGA